GACGACACUUCCCCCUCUCUCUCUGAUUUCUCCCUGAAGUUUUCUCCCCCUCUCCUCCUCUGUCCUCUCCUCCUCUCUCCCCUCCAGGGCGCUGUGUGAACUCAACUUUUCACUCCUUUUUUUCCUCCAGUAUAAAGUAAAAACGCCAUCAUGUCGCCGCCGUCUCGACGGCUUCAGACGAAGCCGGUGAUCACCUGCCUGAAGACCUUCCUCAUCUCCUACAGCCUCAUAUUCUGGUUCACAGGCGUGAUCCUGCUGGCCGUCGGCGUGUGGGGGAAGGUGAACCUGGAGGCCUAUUUCUCUCUGGCGGCCGACGAGAGCACCAAUGCGCCAUAUGUCCUCAUCGGGACCGGAGCCAUCAUCGUGAUUUUCGGACUGUUCGGCUGCUUCGCUACGUGCCGCGGCAGCCCAUGGAUGCUCAAACUGUAUGCCAUGUUUCUGACCUUGGUGUUCCUGGCCGAGCUUGUGGCCGGCGUCUCAGGCUUUAUCUUCAGACAUGAGAUCAAGGCCAAGAUAGGUGUCGCCUAUAAAAACGCUGUGAGGACCUACAAUAGCACAGACAGCAGAGGCGCUGCUGUUGACUACAUCCAGAUGAAUUUGCAUUGCUGCGGGGUGAACAAUUACACCGACUGGGCCGAGACAGAUUACUUUAAAGAGCAUGGCAUCCCUGUCAGCUGCUGUAAAGAUAACACCAAAUGCUCACCGGAGACCCUGAAAGACCUCGACAAGGCUAGCACAGAGGUGUUCCCGGUGGGCUGCUUCACAAAGGUGACCACUACGAUGGAGUCCAACCUGGGAAUCAUCGCAGGGAUCUCUUUUGGGAUUGCAUUCUUCCAGCUCAUUGGGAUCUUCCUGUCCUGCUGCUUGUCUCGAUACAUAACCAACAACCAGUACGAGAUGGUCUAACAGUGACCUUCCACAGGUCACUGAUGGGCGGCUCCUGAUGCAAACUGAGUUGAAAGAAUCUCCUGUGAUUUUUUAAAUAUUGUGUGCGUGUUAGUUGAUAUUAUUUUAGAGAGGGAAAAACACUCACUGCUUCUUCUUUUUAUUCACCGAUGACAAACGAGCAGGAGGGAAACGACGUGAGAGGAAAUCCAAAAAACUAAAAAAGGGACGUCAUCUGCAGUGUAGUUUGACCAACAAAUUUAAAGGGACCUGCACAUUACGGAGGUCAUUUGUUACUCCUGAGGUUUAUUUAGGGAUUUCUAUUAAGUAGAUGUUACUUUAUGAGUUCAUUUACUCGACCAAUUGUCAUUUCUUGUGUCUUUGUAUAAUGCAGCUGCCUUAUUUUGUAAUUAUGCUAAAAAAAAAAACUAGUCUGUAGCCGAGCAGAUGAGAUCUAGAUGAUAAGCUGUUAAACUUCUCUGCAACACUAAGUGAAUUUCUGUGUGUGUGAAAGCGACAUAAAGCCUGAGAGAUGGACGAGAAGAGGUCGCCACCCUGAAAUCAAGUGUGUGAUUCACAGUGAGCACUUGAAAAAUGAGCCUUAAACUGAUGACGUAGGCCAGUAUUGUCGAACGCCCGCAUUCAUGUGUGCCGAUUAGUCGCACAGCCAACUUCGUAUCACAGUCUUCAGUGUUAAAUUGUUUUGUUCUUUUGUGGAUGCAUGUGGAAAAAAAUAAAAAUAAAGAUGAAAGUUAGUACCUUUUAA